AUGGAGCGACAGAAGCAGUUCCAGGAAGCCGGGCAGGCCAUCGAGCGGGACCGCAUCAAGGGCAUGACGGAGAACCUCGCGAAGUUCCGCGAGGCCCUCGAGUCGUUCGUCGCGCAGCACUCUGACGAGAUCCGCAGCAACGCGGCCUUCCGCGGCCACUUCCACGCGCUGUGCGCGCACGCGGGCGUCGACCCCCUCGCCUCCCGCAAGACCGCCUGGUCCAAGCUCCUCGGCCUAGGCGACUAUUACUACGAGCUCGGGCUGCAGAUCAUCGAGUUCUGUCUGGCGACGCGGCCGCUGAACGGGGGCCUCGUGGCACUCGAUGACGUGCUGGCGGCGCUGCGCCGCCGCCGGGGGCGCGCGGCGCGGGACGAGGUGGGGAAGGAGGACGUCCGGCUCGCGCUCCGGCGGCUCCGGGAGCUGCACGGGGGCUACGAGGUCACCGCGAUCGGGGGGAGGGAGUUUUUGCGGUCAGUCCCCGAGGGGGUGUCCGCGGACCUGACCGCGGCGAUCGACUCGUGCCGCGAGGACGGGUACACGAGCGUCGCGGCGCUGUGCCGCGAGCUCGGCUGGGAGGAGUACCGCGCGGAGGACGUGUUGCGCGCCACGCUGCGAGACGGCCUGGCGAUGCUCGACGAGGGCGCGCCGGACGGAGAGCGGCUGUACUGGUUCCCGUCGCUCUUCCCGGGGCUGCAGGUGGGCGGCGGCGGGUAG